AUGCCGGUCGCCACUCUUGUCCAAGUCAACCCCGCCUCCACCGCCGCCGAUCCUAGCACUGGCAUAUAUCCGAUUCCGCCACCGCUCCCGUCUCUCGACAGCACAUUCGGCGCAUUCCUCAUCUCAACUUUCAUAGGGCUUAUCCUCCUAGGCAUUACUCUCCACCAGGCGUACCGAUACGCACGGUUAUUCCCAAACGACUCUCCGUGGCUCAAAGCCUUGGUCGCACUUGCCGUGCUGCUCGAAUUCACCUCGAGUGGAUUGACCAUCCACGUAUCUUACUUCUACCUCAUAACACACUACUUCCAACCUCAACGCCUUGCGCUCAGCGUAUGGUCUAUCAGUCUCUAUCCCGUUAUAGGGAAACUCGUGCCGACGGCGUUCUGUCUGGCGAUGGUUGGGGACCUCAUGUUGACCGCGUCCCUGAUCCGCAUCCUGCGCCGCAAACGGACUGGCUUCAGGAGGUACGUCCGGGACUCGCAGUAUCCCUCAGACAUGAUUGCCUUCAGGCUGACACCGCGGGCCAUCGACUGCCUGCUCAGCACGGACAACAUGAUCGACGUCCUCGUGAUGUACGCCGUCAACACAGGCCUACUCAACGGCGUAUUCGAUUUGCUCACCACAGUUUUCGCUUUUGCGUCUCCCAAGAGCACUCUGUGGGCCGUCUUUGGGACAGCCGGUGCAAAACUAUAUGCUAUCACGCUUCUAGCAGCGUUGCACUCCCGCAGCACGUUCCGUGUGCACGGGCCUGGCGAGGCUCAGCACAACAGCGAGACCGUGUUCGGCGUGAGCUUACCCAUGGACUCGGGGCGGGCGAAAGCAGCGCCGUGUUCAGACUCGAAUGCCGCACGGUCGCUUUGUUCGGGCCAAGUGAAUGUACACCAGGUCCCGAUUCAUUCGUCGAGCACGAUCGACGGCUCGGACGUGAUAGAGCUCAAAACCAUCUCACCCGCCCUGCCCUAG